CCCGUCGACUUUUUACCCCCCUGCUUUUAUUCAUCUUUUUCCCAACAUAAGCUACUGCACCUCCAUCACUUUGUACGACACUUGAACUCCCCAUUCAAUUCAAUCUUCUGAAAUAUGAUUUCGCUUAUCUCAGAAAUAGAGAUAUAAAGUAUUUUCUUAAUUCAACAUCGUCGAUGAAGAUAAUGCCGAGAAAUUUUGUUGUUUUUAUGACUGUCGGUGCUUUCCUAAUCGCAAUUACCCGGCGCUGAAGAUCCAUACGGUAUGAAAGAAUGGAAUGUCACAUAUGGCGAUAUCUAUCCACACGGUGUUCGUGAACAGGUCGAUUUUUGUCCAAUCAAUCACUAAGUUUACUCUAAUCAACAUUUUUUACGUUUGAUUUCUCAAUUUUGUGUUAAAAAAAACUUACUAAAUGUUCCACAAUUCAUUUUACAAGCUUGAUUUCUCAAGCAUUUUACAGACAGUAAAGAAACACAAGAAGAAAGAAAAGAUAAAAAACAAUCUGAAAGUAGGUUUUCUAUAAACUUACCGGAAGGAAUGAAUUCUGGGAUUGACCGGACGAGUUUUGACUGUGAUGAUUUUAAACCUUGGAAAGAGGAUGAUGUAAAGGAAUUAUACAAUGGUAUGUUUGAAGUAUAUAUAGUUUAGAAUAUGAUAAAAUUGACAUAAUAAUUAUAAUUAAAAGUAAAUGUAAUUGACAUUAUAAAUAUAAUAUUGAUAUGAUACCUUAUAUAUGAAAUCAGAUUUGAUAAUAAGAUGCCCUUGAUCUGGUAUGUAACGAAAUUGACGGUGAUGAUCGAAAAAAUUGAUAUAAUUAUGAUAUGUUACCUUAUAUAUGAAAUCGGAUUUGAUAAUAAGAUGUUGUAUAAUGUUGGUAAGGGCAUUUUCGUCCUUUGUACAUACCAUUUAUUUUUGUAAUGUAUUUUACAAAAAUGUUUGUUUCCUUCUGUUAGUGCAUAAAGAUAUAUGUAUUGGCUAGGACAUUUUCGUUAUUUGAACUUACUUAUAACAUGUAAAAGAAAAGUACAAUGCAUUUAUAUUUAAUUUCAGAUAAAGUUAAGCAUUGCUGGAAAGGAUACUGUUAGAGAGGAUGAUUUUGAUGAUUUGACUUCCAAUAUGAUAGUUACAGAUUAGCAUUUAUCAAGCAUAUCAGGUUCAGAAAAUGAAGAAAACAGAGAAUUUGAAAGCUUCAGUGAUUCAACUGAGGGAUUGUUGGGAAGUAUGAAGCAUAAGAUUUUUAUGCCUCUAUUCAAUUGAGAAACGAUUUCAUUUUGGAAGUGCCUGCUUUUUGGUGAUUCUGAGAAAAUUAUGUUUGAACAUGAUUUACAAAGGACGUUAAUACCCCUUGUGUUGCAGUGAAGGAAAUGACUAAGAGAAUGCUGAAUGUGAUCCAUGAACCCAGAAACAACACCUGUUUUAGAGUUAUGUUGCUUGCUACUGGUGGGCACUUUGUUGGUUGUGUCUUUGAUGGAAAACUCAAUUGUUGCUCAUACAACAUUCCACAGGUAUGUUCUUUAUCUAUCUUAUCACAAUAAUUUCAUCAGAAAAAUUAUUUAUGAGCUUAAAAUUAAUACAUCCUUGCCCAGAACUAAAAAUAUAAGUUGGUGAGUCUGAGAAAAGUAUGAAGCAUAAGAUUUUUAUGCGUCUAUCCUUUUAAUCAACGAUUUCAAUCUGAAAGUGCUCGCUUCUUGGUGAGUGUGAGAAAAUUAUGUUUCAACAUGAUUUACAUAGGUUCACAAAGGACGUUAAUACCCCUUGUGUUACAGUGAAUGAAGUGAACGAGAGACUGCUGAAUGUGAUACAUGAACCUAGAAACAACAUACGUUUUAGAGUUAUGUUGCUUGCUACUGGUGGGCAUUUUGUUGGUUGUGUAUUUGAUGGAAACUCCAUUGUUGCCCACAAAACAUUCCACAUACAUUGAGAAGCAGAUAACGUGAAGCAGAAACUUACCGAACAAUGAAAGUCGAUGAUUGCCGAUGAUGGUUGAUUCUUGGAAGAAGAUGCUGUAAAGAAGAAUUCAUAGCGUACGAAUGAAGUAUAUAUUGAGUUACAUAUGAUAAAAUCGAAAUAAUCUUCAAAAUUAAAUGCAAACGAUACGAUUGAUAUGCAUACCAUAAUAAGAUUAUCUUAAUCGGGCAUGUAACGAAAUUGAUUCCAUAAUCCAAUCAAUAUCGAUAUCGAUAUGUAUUCAUAUUCAAUUUUCGAAAUUUCAAUUAGCCAUAUUGCCGUAUUCCAUUCCAUAUGUAAGCUAAUUUCCAUAUUUCGUGUGUAAUGUGAUUGUUGUGUUUAAGGAAGCAGGGGUAAAAAUGUGAUUUAACAUGGGCAGAAGAAUGGGUUUUACAUACGACACUCGGACAACCGGUUAUGUUUAUUAGAAAGGGAGAUGUUGCAUCUCCGACUUGAGUUGUUGACUUGUUUCAUUAUUUUUCCUUGAUGAUCGGGAAGCACGUCUCUCACGCAUUUUAUCGAACGCCUUCCUAACAAACUAUGAGUGAGCCAAUGACGGGUUUUCUCCAUAUCAGCUGAAACACAUGCAACGAUUUGAGUCAAACCAACAACAUUGACGCCUAGAUCAUCUCUAAAAGCUGAGGUAGAAGCAACAGUUUCGAUUGUGAUGAAGUGGCUACCGACACCGUAAGCAUAUUCAUAAGGGGGUGUUUGGCUUAGCUUUUUACAGCCAAAAGUCAUUUUUGUAAAAGAAAAAAAACAAAAAGAUGUUUGGCAAACUACUAACUUUUGGAGUUUUAAUACAAGAAAAAUCAUCUUUUUGGAAAAGUCAGGAAAUCCUGACUUUUUGUAACUUUUUGGAAAAGAUCUUUUAAGCUUUUAAAAGCUAAGCCAAACACCCCUAUCCAUCCUUACCACCCGCAGUUCUAUCCGAUCCAGAUGAUUAUUCCUUUAGGCCUUUACAUUUAACAUCAACGCUCGUUAAUGCCAGAGUAGAUUGAUAGGUUUUGUUCUAAAGUGGAGUACAGUUCUUGUUAGACUUUGGGUUUGAUUCGGAUGUUUGUGUGGCCAUUUCUAUGGAGAGCCUUUGGAUUGAAGCCAUAAUCUGUGCUCCUACGAUGUUUGAUGAAAUGCCUUAACGAGAUACAAUCAUCUCAUCUUGACGAAUUUUGUUUAAGGGCAAUGGUAGCUCGUACUAUAAAUUUCUUUUAACCAACUUUUAACGGGUAUGAGCAGAAGCAGCUAGUACACCAAUAAAAUCUUUAUUGCCAUGAAAUGCAUUCAACUUUGGGAUUCAAAGUUGAAACCUUUAAGCAGUUAUUCAGGUUUAUAGCUUCUCGUAGCUUUUGUUCAUUAAAAUCCAAUAUCCCCACCAACCCAAAUCCAAAAACACUUAACCAGCUGCUAAAUCAGCGACCACCGUUGUUGCAACUCAAGCAAGUACACGCUCAAGUCAUCACCCAAUCACUGUCAUCAUAUUCCAUUAUGAUCGACUCUCUAAUCCAUUGCUAUCUAUCAACUAAUAGCCUCAGUUUUGCAAGAACGCUAUUCGAUCAAUACCCUGAUUACCCCCCACCGAUUUUGCUAUGGAAUCUAGUGAUCAGAUCCUAUUCCAAACUCCAAAAUUCUCCAGAACCCAUUUAUCUUUUUCGCCAAUUAAAUGCAAUUAAAGAGAAUCCCCUAAUUGCCCCUGACAAAUUUACAUUCACUUUCUUGAUCACGUCAUGCACACAACAAAACUCAGAAUUACAUGGAAUGAUCGUGCAUGGUAUAAUCAUAAAAAAUGGGCACGUAAAUAAUCUCUACAUUGGUAACUCCCUGAUAAAUUUGUACGCUGUAUUUCAUAAACUACAUGACGCACGCAAGGUAUUCGAUGAAAUGCCUGAAAGAGACGUCUUCUCAUGGACCAGUCUUCUAGGUGGGCAUGUCAAGCAAGGCGAAAUCACUAUUGCCUCUGAAAUCUUUACAAUGAUGCCCAUACGCAACACAGUAUCUUGGGCAGUUAUAAUUUCUGGAUUCCUAGAUUGUGGCAGGUAUAUCGAUGCCCUUUCAUAUUUCCAUGAUAUGCUAAGACAAUCUCAUGAUACAAAAAACCCUAACGAGGCUGUUCUUGUUUGUGCUUUAUCUGCUUGUGCUAAUCUCGGGGCUUUAAAUCAAGGAAAAUGGAUUCAUGCCUACAUAGUCAAGACAGCUGUUAACAACACAUCUAACAUCUUAACUGCUCUAAUUGAUAUGUACGCAAAAUGUGGGAUGAUAGAUUCUGGAUACCAAAUAUUUCACAAGAUAGCUCAACCAGAUGUUUGCAACUACACAAGCAUGAUCUCUGGGUUUUCAGCUCAUGGUCUUGGUAGGGAUGCCCUCCAAGUGUUCGAUCAAAUGCUAGCUGAAGACAUUGCACCCAAUGAGGUCACACUUCUUGGUGUCUUAAAAGGAUGUAGCCAUUCGGGUUUGGUAAAUGAAGGUUCUUUGAUUUUCCACAACAUGGAGAGAUUAUGGAAAAUUAAACCCAAAGUUGAACAUUAUGGUUGCCUUGUUGAUUUAUUAGGUCGUGCUGGCUACUUGAAGAUGGCUUUAUUGAUCGCAAUCAAGAUGCCUUUGGAUGCCGAUGUUGUUAUAUGGAGGGCAUUGCUUAGUGGUUGUAGGAUAUACAAGGACGCGAGUCUUGCGGACAAGAUUAUUGCGUAUGUUGAGCAAGGGUAUUGUGGUAAUUUCAUUGGAAGUGAAGUGCUUCUUUCGAACCUAUAUGCUUCUUUAAGUAAAUGGGAAAGAGUUGGCGAAGUACGAAAAGUAAUGAGUGAGAGAAAGAACAAAUCAGAAUCAGAAUCAAAUGUUGGAUGUAGUUGGAUUGAGGUGGAUGGUGUUGUUCAUGAAUUUCGUGUUGAUGACAACUUGCACCCACAAAUUGUGAAGCUAAAUGAGGUUUUGAAAAGGCAAAUCGUGGAGGUUUAACUACUUAACAUUAUAGUAUUGAUGUGUUCUCACAUCAGUGUAUUUAAGUAUUUUACUAAUUUAAAAUUUUAAAUUGCGUACUCCUUUUGUUCUUAUGUGUAUCAACCCUUUCAUUUUCCAAUCCCAACAAUCUUUUCCUUAGUAA